AGACGUUGACAGUGAUGACGUUGUUGGAUCGGAGAAAUCUGACGUCACGACAUUAUCUGCUCACGCGCGGUCUGAAAUUCCAAAUCCUUUUGAUGCACCACAUGUUCACAUCAAUCCCAUCGAGUACAACACGGAAAACGUCCCAGGAUCUCCGGGUGAAAGCAUCAGUGCUUUUCCUCUUGCCACAAGUUCCCCACUCGAACAAACCCCAGCCUGUCCCGAUGAGACGGUGUGCGCCCAGAUGCCCCCACAACAAAAUGUGGGAGUUCCCCCUACCAAUUUACCUUUGGAAACGACGCCUAUGGGAAUAAGUACAUACCCGGACAUUUACCAUCACCGGUGGACGUCGCCUCUGGAGGAAGUGUUCCGGUAGGACAAACCAUCGAUAGUGCUGCUAUACCACCUUCACUGGGAACCAGUCCACCGAUAGUUACUCCCCCCGUUGUAAAUGCUCCAAUGAAUCAACCUUAUCCUCCUGCCACAACUUUGGAAAACAAACCAGGACCUACUAUCGUUGUUGUCCCCUCGUUGAAUGCAGGAAACAUUGAUAACAAAGGAGGAAGCGUGCUUGUAAAACUGCCUUCAAAAGAUUUACUUUCUAAUGAUGUGGAAAGCACCGAGUUUAAUUCAAGUGCGAGCAAUGAUACAGUUUUGAAAAUCAAUGGUACACUUUACCUUUUAAAAGGUUCACUUACUAAGCUUCCUCAAAGUAAACCAGCUCGCGCUAAUCAGCUUGUCGGUAGUCUUUUGGCCGGGGUGGCACCCAAGGAGUCUGGUGAUGACUUGAUUAAUGGAUCAGAAGUCGGGUUGACCCAAGGCAAACUGAUGAGUUAUGAAGGAAAGACAUCGACUAUCCUGGAUGACGAUUUGUCUAGUGUUAAAGCUCAACGUAAUAAUUCCAAUACCGAUGAUUUUGAUGAAAAUCGUUUACGAUUCGACAAUUUUCAAUCAGUUUUCAAUCCCACUGUUUCGGAAAAUCUUGUAGCAAGCAAUGAUCUUCCUCCACCUCCACCGCCUCCUCCACCACCAGCUCACCCACCACCUUCUCAAUAUCUUACUCCACCUCAACCGCCCCCUCCACCACCAGCUAACCCACCACCUUCUCAAGAUCUUACUCCACCUCAACCGCCCCCUCCACCACCAGCUAACCCACCACCUUCUCAAGAUCUUACUCCACCUCCACCGCCCCCUCCACCACCAGCUCACCCACCAGCAUCGCAAUAUUAUCCACCAUCGCCCCUUAAAGCUCCUGCAACAUCUGAUGAGGAUCGGUUGAUGAACAAAGCCAUUGCUUCUGAAGCUGUUCAAUUUCAAGACCUAUUAUCACAAGAGCCAGUGAAAACGUCGGCAUGUCUCGUAGAACGACAGAUGGCGAUAGACACCGAAGAUAGUUUUAUUCCUGAAUGUGAAGGCGAUGGAAACUAUUCCCCAGUGCAAUGUUUUGAGCGUUCCGGCUUAAGCAAGCAGUGCUGGUGUGUUAACGCUAAGGGUGAAGAAAUUGGAGGAAGCAGAACCACUGAUGGCAACAUACCAGUUUGUGAGAAAAGUGAAAAUGAAGACGGUUUGUCAGCGUUAAAGUCGUGUUCGACGUCACAGCAUGAAUGUUGUACAGACAAAGAAAAGCUCGAGACAAACGAAUCAAAUUUUACAAAUUGUCCAAAGGAAGUAGAAGAAAAUUUGCCUUGUACCAAAAUGUCGUGUGGUUGUUGUCCAGAUGGUGUCAGUGAUCAAUCACGAUCCACAAAUGUUCCUCCCUAUAUCCAACAAUCCCCAUCCAAUGUAUCUACUCCUACCUAUAUCAUUCCAGAUGUUCCUUUCUUAACCCCAACACAGAAACAAACUCUUACUCCCUCACUUCAACCUACAACUUUAUCUUCACAUCUUGAAGCAUACCUUACCCCUCCACCUACGAUAUCUCCUCCUACGAUAUCUCCUCCUACGAUAUCUCCUCCUACGAUAUCUCCUCCUACGAUAUCUCCACCUACGAUAUCUCCUCCUACGAUAUCUCCUCCUACGAUAUCUCCACUUACGAUAUCUCCACCUACGAUGUCUCCACCUACGAUAUCUCCACCUACGAUAUCUCCUCCUACAAUAUCUCCUACGUCAUCGUUUAAGUCGGUCCUAUUCCCUAAUUGGGACUUCCUUGCCCUGUACUUUACCUUUGAUAGUCACAAGUUCCCAUACGUCAUCGAUGUAUCGGGUCACAAUAACGUGGGGGUAAUGUCCGCUGGUGUAAAUAUUGUAGGUGUUCAGAAUGGUUGCGGACUCGCGGGCUCGUUCAUUGGUGGGUCAAUUUCGGUAGAUGGUCGUCAAUUUCAACCCAAACCUAUUGAAGCUGUGACGAUUGCAUUGUGGGUGAAAUUUCAGAGCGUUCAGGACGAACAGACUUUGUUUACAACAUCAACUUAUACUUCAAAUAAGUCCAAUUAUUAUUUGGGAUCCACUGAUGGGAACAUCAUUUGGCGGCACCAGAACGAAAACGAGGAGACUUUGUUUGAUUUGACUACAGAUGAGCCUUCGUUUGCUCCCGGCCAGUGGACUCAUGUUGCAGUAACAUACGACAAAAAUAAAGAAGAGGCUGCAGUUUAUAUUAACUCAAAGCAAAUCAACAAAACCAAAGCGACGGGAAAUUUGACUCAAGAUUGGGGCGGACAAACAGAAAUAGGUUCCUGCAAUGGCCACUAUCAAUUUCAAGGCUCUCUCGAUGAUUACACCAUCUAUACGAUUGCCUUAAAUGUGGAAUCUAUUACAAAGUUAUCCUGUACUUGCACAAUGAAACCUGGUCCUCGUCUUGAAGUAAAGUAUACGAACAUUGCCAACGUGGGUUGAUUCCCUUUAGUCCUUUGACGACAAAAGCAACUAGCAAUGUACCAGCAACGUCAUCCUCAACUACACCCUCUCCUUUACCACCUACAUCAACUACACUUCCUCCUUCAAAACCUCCAUCUACUACACCCUUUCCUUCACAACCUCCAUCAACCACACCCUCUCCAUCACAACCAUCAUCAACCACACCCCCUCCUUCACAA